AUGUCUAACAAUAUGGCCAAAAUUGCAGAGGCCCGCAAGACAGUGGAGCAGCUAAAAUUGGAAGUGAACAUCGACCGCAUGAAGGUGUCCAAGGCGGCGGCCGACCUCCUGGCUUACUGUGAAGCCCAGGCGAAGGAAGACCCUCUGGUGACCCCAGUGCCCGCUGCAGAAAACCCCUUCCGUGAGAAGCGGCUCUUUUGUAUAGUGCUGUGA